AUGCGCGCGCCGCCCAGGCGGCGGCGGCCGUCCCCUGCUGCGCCGGCGCCUGCUCCGUCCGCCGCCGCCUCGCCUUCUGGCGCCGCCGUCAGCUCGCCGCCUUCUCCCUACCCGGCGUUCGCGUCGCUGGUCCCAGGCCCGGCGCCGGGUCCCGGUCCCGGCCCCGCGCCUGAGCCAUCUGCGGUGAGGGCGUUCGCGGGCGGCAGGCGCGGCGGUGGCGGCGCCGGAUCGAGCCUGAGCCCGCCGCUCAUCGCGAUGCUGGCUGUGGUGGGCGCGGCGCUGCUGGUGGUGCUGUACGCGCGGCUGGUGAGCCGCGUGUUCCGCGCGGCGCGGCGGCGGUGGCGCCGCCGCCGCCGCCUCCGGCUGCUGAUGAUCCCGGCGGGGUCCCCCUCGGCGCGCGGCGGCGGGGACGACUCCUUCGCGUCCUUCACCACGUACGACAACUACUACCACACCUUCUCGCCCUACUACGGCCUGGACGACGCCGCCAUCAAGUCGCUGCCGUCGGCGCAGUACUUGGCCGGCACCGGCUCGUCGUCUGCGUCGGCGCGGGGCUCCGGCGCGUCCAGGGAGUGCGCGGUGUGCCUGCUGGAGUUCGCGGACGGCGACGAGCUCCGCGCGCUGCCGCUGUGCGCGCACGCGUUCCACGCCGACUGCAUCGACGUGUGGCUCCGCGCGCACGCGUCCUGCCCGCUCUGCCGCGCCGCCGUCGCGCUGCCGCCGCCCGUGCCGUCGCCGCUGCACCGCGCCGCCGCGCGCCGGGUGCGGCCCAGCCUCGACGACCUCCUCUUCUUCCACCCGGUGCCGCCUGCUGCUCAGCCGGCAGAGCAGCAGCAGGCGGAGAUCGCGCCGGCCAGCCCGGACCAGCAGCAGCAGCAGCUCGCGGCGGCCGCCGGCGCCAGGGACUUCCUGCUGAAGCGCUCCUACUCGCUCGGCUUCGAGCGCAGCCUUGCCAUGGUGGAGGCGGCGUCCACGGCGUCGCCUCCGUGGCGGUACCGCGUGUCCGCUUUCGCCGCAGGCGCCGCGACCGACGGCGGGACCACCUCCCGGGGCCGCGGCUUCUGGAGCAAGCGCUGGCCGUCCCCGUUCGGCGGCGGCGGCGCGGGCGGAUCCGCGGCCGCCCGCGUCUUCUCCUUCCGGUCGUACCGCGCCGGCGGCGGCGGCGCGGCGUGCAAGCCGUCCCCGUUCUCCCGGCGGUUCCGCGGCGGCGGGAGCGGGUUCUUCAUGUCGCUGGCGUCGGAGCCCCCCUCGAUCCUGGCCGCGGCGAGGCGGAGCAGCCGGCUCCGGUGCGGCGACCCCGAGGCGCUGCUCUCGCCGGACCGGCUCAGCCGCUGA